AUGAGUGAAACAAAGGUCUGUUAAUGCUGGUAAAUAUUUGAGUUAUAAUUGAGUUUGGAAGAAGUCUUGAGUUCAAAUUAUUUACUUCAUUCUCUCUAUUGUGAGAGAAACAUUGUGAAAUGUGAAAUUUGCGAUAAGAGAAUGGAUAUGAUUGAAAAAGAUAGUCAUAUGGAGACACAUUAGAAAGUAGAAUUGUGUAUAUGAUUUAGACUGACUGUCCAUAUUGUUAAUAAAAGUUUGAAUAGGGAUUAUUAGAAAUGCAUAAGAAAAAUUGUUCAAAUAAACCAGAGAAGUGUGGUUUUUGUGAUUUGAUGAUAAAUAUGAGAGAAAUACCAAAACAUUAAGCAAAUUGUGGUUCUAGAACAGAAUAAUGUUAAAUUUGUAAAAAGCAUAUAUAAAAAAGAGGUAAAUAUAUAAGUAAAUGUAUUUAGAGAUGAAUUUUCACCUAAGCAUUUGUGAAACAGAAGAUAAAUAAUAAUCUCCAAAGCGUAAUAGAUUAAAACGUAAUACAAAUGAUAAUACAUUUAAAUUAUCAUCUGAUGAUGAUGCAUCUGUUUAAGAGAUAAAGUAAUUACCUAGAAGAAAACCACAGAAAUAGAUAAAAUAGUAAUCAAAAUAAAAAGAAUAAGUCUUAAAGAAAUAUGAUGAAGAUGAUGAUGAAGAUUUCUAAAAGGCUUUGUAAAUGAGUCUGAAUUAAAAAUGAAUUAAUAAAACUCAAGUUUUUGUGUACGUUUUAGAUCAAUAAAACAACAUCGACAUCUGUCUCAUCCUAUUCAUUAAACUCCGAAACCAUAAUUAUGGCGAAGUUUUAGCCUACCUAAAUUCUUUUCUUUCUCUUCAGUGAAAAAAUUAUCCAAAUUACCCAAAUUACCC